CUCUCUUCAUGGGCUAUGAUUUCUAUUGUGUUUUGCCUUAUGAAUAUUAAUGAGUUUUAUAAGCAAAUUUACAGACAUACGGGUGUAUCAACUGAAACGACUUGAUUAACGGAUGGAUGAAUGAAUAAAUGAAAGAGCAAACGCAUGGGAGAAUGAUGAUAUAUAAAUGGAAGCAACUUGGAGAAAUUAAUCGACAGACUAAUGGUUGGAUGAUAAACUACAUUGACUAACAGAUAGAUUGAUAGACAACGACUUAAUUGAGCUGACGAAUAUAAUGGAUGGAUGAACGAAUGAAUGAAUAAACAGAGAAAUCAUAAAUAACCUGCGCCCAUGAGUAUGCAGCGAGGAAGAAAGACCGGAUCGAACAAAUGAAUGAAUGAAUAUUGAUCAGGGGGAGUAGCUUUUCAAAUAAUCAAUGAUUAUCAGAAGAUCAAACUUGACGAACGAGGGGAACAGGCUUAUCGUUAUGUACUUUAUCAUGUUUAACGAAGGUGAUCUUAGGAAUCGAACGUAUGAUCAAUUAGAACGCAUAUAUGAGCCGUUCAAUCGAACACAUCAUCGUUACAUGAAUUUUAUCGCGAUCAAAAGUUCGAAUCCAAGGUUAUCGAACACUAAGUCAUACUGGGAAAGUGGACUGUUAUUAAAAAAUUGAAAAUUUACGAAUCAAAGGAAUCGAACAGGCUACAUCAUUUAUUUCAUGCAUGAUAAAAAGUUCUAAAGACAACAAUUAUAAACAAAAGAUGUAAAAAAUGACUCAUUCAAUCGAACGAAUGCAUGCAGUCAGCUGCUAUGUAUUUUAUCGUGAUUAAAUGUUCUAAUACAAGGUUAUGUCACGCGAACACAUUCGAGAAUGAUCUGGAAUAAAUGGAUGAAAAGUAAAAAUCUAAUGAAUAAAAAAUUCAACCCAUCGUGAGCACUUUAACAAGAACAUCCAGGACAUGUAUUCAUCAUGAUCAAAUGUUCUAAUACAAGAUUAUCCGGCAAAAAGAUUAUCUUCUUAACAUUCAAAAAUGAACAAAUGAAUGGAUAGAACUAAUAUAAGGUCACAUGAAUGAAUGAACGAUUUCCUUCAAUUAAUGAACACAUUUUAAUCCUGAGAACACCCGGUUUCAUCAUGAUCACAUGUUCGAUCAUGUUCUAAUUUGAGCCGCGCGGGAUGAUCUAAUUAUAAUGAUUUGAUCUAACCUUAGAAUGAAUGAAUCACCAUAUCAUAUUUGCAUCGUGAUCAUGUGUUCUAACUUAACGAUGAAAUGAAUCAUGAUCAUAUAUUCUAAUUUGAGCAUGAACUACUCAUCAUACAAUUUGAAUGUAUAAAUCAAAUUAUGAUCAGUUGUGUAAAAAAGAUAAGUUUAACACCGUAAAAAAGUAUGGGAAAUAACUUACUGACGUUUCGGAUGUUAAUCCUUCGUCGGAGUAAAGAAAAUUACGAUCAUAUGCUCUAACUUUAACAUGAAAUGAAUCAAAGAUCAUAUGUUCUAAUUUAACGGGAUGAAAUGCAUCACGAUCAUAUGUUCUAAUUUGGGGAUGAAAUGCAUCAUGAUCAGAUGUUCUUGUGGACUAUUUCUAGACAGCCAAAACCGGAAACACUUGCCUAUCAUAAAUAAUUAAAGAUGGUCUCUAGCGAGACAAUGAACCACUUUUGAAUAAAAAUUAGACAGUCAGCCCUUAAAGAGCAAGAAUAUCUGCGGCGAAUAUAUCGCGUAAAAUAUCCUGCUGUGGCAGACCAGAAGAGAUAUGAAAAAAUUAUUUUUAAGAAUGGCGACCUGCCCAUAAAUACAUAAUAUACACAAAUAUGUCGAUUCUUCAUUUUUAGUUUUUUUUUAUAUAUUUAACAACUUCCUGGAUCUCUUAUGAUAAUUUAGAAAUACAACUUAUUUAAAAAUAAAAAUAAAUAUUUGGUAUUAUUUGAGACUUUUAAUUAUAUUUCUAUGAUAAUGAACAAAAAUACGACUCAAUUUUAAUGAAUGUAAAGUUUUUUCCAAGCAUUUUUCAUUGCAUGCAGUAGAAGGUCUUACUUAUCAAAAUCCUAUUUAAAAAAUGCCAUAUGUUUCGUAUUUAUCUGAAACUUUGAAUUAUAUUUCAGUGAUAAUGAACAUAUGCGACUCCAUCUUAAUGUAAUGUGCAGUUUUUUUUAUAAAGCAUUUAUGUACUAGAUGGCUUACUUGUCAAAAUCCUCUUCGCGUUAUCUCACAGUCAAUAUCGAAUGAUGUAGGAUUAAUUGUUAGUGUUAUCAGCCAAUCACAAGCUUUUUUAAUGACAUCAUCUUGAGUUUUGUUACCCUGUUUGCUUAUUCCAAAGGAGCACUGGAUCAGUGGUGUUGGUUUGAGGAGUUAUACACGUUCAAGCCGUUUCGUGGCAACAACGUUUAAAUCCGUGGGCCGACAAGUUUGGACAGAAAUAUCAACAUUAUGGAGUCGAGCGUCGAUUCUUCACCUAAUCCUCCAGUGAUUAUAACACCAAAUAACUCGACAAGCUACCCACGAAGACUAAGAAUGAAAAAACCAAUGUCCCGUGCUUCUCUAGCCACGGAUCGGUUCUCAUGUACAUCGUUUCUAACCGCAGCAAGUUAUAACGAAAGUGACGGAUCUUGGAACGAUCUUCCUCGCUGGCGGUCUUUGCCUAGUAAUCUAGAAGAGGAGGUUUUUUACGAUGAUUGUCCGGACAUUCUACGUGCCUGGUCCAAGUACAGACUCACAAACAUGAGCCGUAGAUAUAAGACCAUGGAUUAUAUAAAUAUGAUGAUUGCGUCAAAGCAAGAAAUGAUGCGAUGCUCAGAAAUAGACAUCGGAUCGAAUCUCUCAACAAUGACGAUACAAGGGCUUUCAGUGAGCCGAGAUCUCUUGUUUGAUCGCGAUGAUUUCUCGGAAAGAGGAUCGCCGAAUGUGACUAGAAGCCCUUCUGAUGAUCGCCUUUCAUGGGACGGAGAUCAAGAUGAAGCAUCACUGAGUUUAACAGAGGCUAAUUUAAAAGAGGCGCUAGCUCGCGUCACUGGGACGACUGUAUCAUGCGAGAGCUUAGAUAAAUCACAUCGAAAGACGAACAAAAUUGAGCAAUGGCUUUUCAAAUGUCGAAGUGCGCCGCAAUCGAACUUCAUAGACACGGAAAUUUAAGUUUACGAGAUAUAGUUUUUUUGACAAAAUGGAUGGAUAGCUUCUUGUUGUUUAGCCGUGUGUAGAGCCAGCCGGCUUGAUGUUUUGAGAGUGCUGUGGUAAUGGAACAGUGAAUUCAUUCAUUGGAAACCAGCUGCGUGGCUCAUUGAUAGCUUUCGCAGUGGAAAAUCAGAAUGCCAAGUAAAAUGUACAGUAAUAUCUAUCACUAAAGCUACAUACAAGUUUAUAGAAAGAAAUGGCAGUUCUUAACAAUUCGGGGUUGGUAAUUGCGCAUCUUAUCGCAUAUAUCUGGUUUGAGUUUCAAGGAUUUAUUGUAAAAAUCAUCGGAAGAGCCUGCGUUAUGGAAUGGACGCACGCAUACAAAACACAAAACAUGAAUUUUAAAUUUUCAAAGGUCCAUGUUUGUGGUUAAGGAAGAAAAUCAUCAACAACAGCAAUAAUUCUGUUCUUAGUCUUCUAACCAUGCUUAUUUAACUAAAAAAAGUGGAAAUGCACGGUGUAAUUGGAUCGAUCCGAUGACUGAAAAGUGGAAGUACAAUGUAGGAAUUUCGCGCUAGAAAUGAGAUGUUUUUCUAUUUAUUUCAAAACAAAACGGAAAAAACCGCGCUACAAGAUUAUGUUUUUAAUCAUAACGUGUUCUACAGAUACGAGAACAAGAGGCGCAUCCAAAAAUGAUGGAGAUAUCAAAAAAUCAAGUAAAAUCUCUCCAGGGUUAAUGAUCAUGAGGAAAUUCCACAUUGCUGUGCGGACGCGCGACACACUCAGCGAAUACCCAGUCUCAUGGUUGAGUCAAUUUUCAAUUCUGAAGAUAAUUUGCCUAUUCAUUCGGCUUUAAAUAGUCUUGAGCUGAAAUUCAUAUCAAAUAUUCAUUCACAAUGAAUCGAAAAUGACCUAGAAGGCAUUUUCUUUGCAUAUGUAUCAAGGAAACGCUAAUUCCAUCAUCAAAAUGUCAAGAAGAAGGUGGAAUGCUUUUGUAAUGGAAACCAACUUUAGAAUUACGAGUGAAGUGAAGCAAUAUUUCUGUCAAGAGCAACAUAGAGAAAUUAAAAUAAUCAUUUAUUAUGCCGCAAAUGGUCUUGAAUAAUGAUUGCCAUAAUUCAAUAAACGUGUCUAUUUACUUUGA